AUGUCAGCUCCAUUUGGCCUGCGUGAGGUGCGGGAGGCAUACAGCAGAGCAGGCCGCUGGCUCCACUACACCCCUGUCCUCACCUCCCGCUGCCUUGACCAACUUGCUGGCAGGCAGCUCUUCUUCAAGGCUGAGAAUCUACAGAAGACAGGCUCCUUCAAGGCCAGGGGAGCUUGCAAUGCGGUAUUCAUUGAGAAGGAAAAGAACCCUGCCAGUCCUGGUGUUGUCACCCACAGCACAGGGAACCAUGGCCAGGCUGUGGCUUAUGCUGCUAAGUGUGCUGGGCUGCCAUGUAGUGUGGUGGUGCCACGGGACACACCAAAGGUAAAAUGCAGUGCCAUUGAGGAGUAUGGUGCUGAAUUGGUCUUCUGUGAACCAUCACCCAAAUCACGCAAGGAGACGUGUGCUGAAAUUGCAUCCAAGACUGGCCGCACCAUCAUUCACCCGUAUGACGACUACCGCGUGAUGACUGGACAAGGGACCAUUGCCCUUGAACUCCUGAUGGAGGUUCCAGAUCUAGAUGCCAUCCUGGUACCCAUCAGUGGAGGAGGAAUGACGUCAGGGAUUGCCAUCACAGCCAGGGAAAUGCAGCCUGCCUGUAGAGUGUUUCCUGUUGAGCCUGCUGGGAAGUUCCUUGAGAAAAGCCUUCGCAGUCGAGAACGUCUGUGGCCUAACCCGCCUCAGUUCCUGGACACCAUUGCAGAUGCCAUCAGGACGCAGCAGGUGGGUGACUUAACCUUCCCAAUCCUGUGUGAGUUUGCCCAGCACAAGGUGUUCACCGUCACUGACCAGCAGAUGGUAGAGGGCAUGCGACUUACCUUUGAACGCAUGAAGAUGGUAGUGGAGGCAGCAUCAGGAGCAGCAGUGUAUGCAGCUCUUCAUCAGCUAGAGGAGGUCACCCCUUCACCACAGAAGGUCGGGGUCAUCCUCUGUGGCGGUAAUGUUGACCUCGACCUCCUACCAUGGGCCACUCAGGUGGGACUCAAGUAGCUGCAGGAUCUCAUUUCACUUCUUCAUACAUGUGGCAGGAAGUUGUGAUGAGCAGCCAGACUUAGGGUGUAUUGGUGUGGUUGUUUCAGGUAUCCAGAGAGGUGCUGAUCUAUGGUAGUAAUAAGUGCUCGAGAGAGAGAGAGAGAGAGAGAGAGAGAGAGAGAGAGAGAGAGAGAGAGAGAGAGAGAGAGAGAGAAUCAUCAUUAUCAUAUUUUGUUUAACAACCUUAAGGGAAAGAUGGAUAUUAAACAAGAUGAUUCUCUCUCUCUCUCUCUCUCUCUCUCUCUCUCUCUCUCUCUCUCUCUCUCUCUCUCUCUCUCUCUCUCUCUCUCUC